AUCUUCGGCACCCUCUACCCCGCGUACUCCUCCUACAAGGCCGUGAAGACGAAAAACGUGAAGGAAUAUGUGAAGUGGAUGAUGUACUGGAUUGUGUUUGCCUUUUUCACCACUGCAGAAACACUUACAGAUAUUGUUCUUUCCUGGUUUCCCUUUUAUUUCGAGCUGAAAAUUGCAUUUGUGAUUUGGCUGCUCUCCCCUUACACCAAGGGCUCCAGUGUCCUCUACAGGAAGUUUGUGCAUCCAACGCUCUCCAAUAAGGAGAAGGAAAUUGAUGAAUACAUUACUCAGGCUCGUGACAAGAGCUAUGAAACCAUGAUGCGAGUUGGCAAGAGAGGGUUAAACCUUGCUGCCAAUGCAGCAGUUACUGCAGCUGCAAAGGGCCAGGGAGUUUUGUCUGAGAAGCUGAGAAGUUUCAGCAUGCAGGAUCUUACUCUCAUCCGGGAUGAGGAUACCGUGCAUAUGCGAAGCCAUGAGCCACAGUUGCACCCUUCUGGUGGGAGUCUUCUUGAAACCAUUGAGGAUUCAGCUUCCUGUUGCUCCUCAGGAGAGGAAAGCAGUGUGGCACAGAGGUCUAAUGGAACCCCAUCGGAGACUAGAACAGACCCAUCAGAUGAAGAUGCAGGAGACAAACUUCCUAAACGUACCCAGAGUCUCAAAACUCCUAAGAAGGUGAUGAAAGCUGAGCUUCCAGUGAGAAGUGUGAAAGCCCGCCCUAAGAAGAAAGCUGCAGGCUCUCUUGCUUCUGGCGAGUCAUCCUAAGGAGACCUCUCCCUGCCCAGCACCUGUUUCUGUCCCGGGAUUUGCCUAUCUCUUUUGAAGGGAAACUCCCCAAAGGAAGGGAGCUGAGAUUCAUGUACAUAACAGAUACUGCUUUGUAGAGCCCAUUCCAAGGCAAGGGGGAGGCUGGGAUUCAGAAAAUAGAGUAGAGGAUACACAUCCUCAGGAAUUUUCUCCUUUUCAUCUCUCUGUUGAAGGGAAUGCUGAUAUGUUUGUACAUAGCCUGUUGCUUUGGAAUUCCCGCUGUAUAACCCUAGUUGGGGAGAAUCUUUGCUGGAAGAACUGGCUAGGGUUAGAGACAUCCAUUGCACAGAAGCUGG